AUGACGGACGUGCUGAGCGAGCUUCUGGAGUUUGCCUACCGCUACAUGACGGACGUGCUGGGCGAGGCCCGCGUGUAUGCGGAGCAUGCGGGGCACCCGUCCCUGGAGGUGGACGAUGUGCGCCUGGCCGUGCAGGCCAAGGUGUCCUCCUCCUUCUCCCAACCGCCGCCCAGAGAGGUGCUCAUGGAGCUGGCGCGAGCACGCAACGCCGUGCCCAUCCCGCCCAUCGCCGGGUCAGGGCUCUUUGCACUCCCCCCUGAAGCCGAGUGCCUGCUGCAGCCCAACGUGCAAAUCUCUGUCCCCCUGCCCGGCCCUGCCGCUCGUGGGUCGCACAAGAGGCAGCGAGAGGGAGAGGCAGGAGGAAAAGCAGGGGGGCGGGGAGGAGGGGGGAAGGGAGGGGACGCUGCAGCAAGAGUAAAGAAGGAGCAAGGGGGGGCGGAGUCGCUACAAGAUGGGAAAGCUGGUGUAGGGGGGGCUAAGACCGUCGUCGCAGCACGCAAUCCCAACGCGUUAACGCCGUGUCCGUCGCCGCAACCCCCUCCCCGCUCCACCACCUCCUCCUCCUCCGCCUCGCCUCACUCGUCGCAUCCCCCACACUUUUCGCACACGCUUCAGCCUACUGCUCCCCUUCCUGCUAAGGCCCUGACCUUCGAGUUCAACCACGUGUUCGGCUAUGAUUCGUCCAAUUUCGAGAUCCUGCCACCUGCUGCCUGGCAGGUAUACACCGAGUUCUGCAAGGGAGCGGUGGAGAGGGCUGUGGCGGGGUGCAGAGCAGUGGUGCUGGUGUACGGGCAGACGGGCACAGGCAAGACGCACACCAUCAGCGGAAGCAACGUGGAAGCGGGGGUCUUCCACCAUGCCAUGGCGGAUGUAUUUCGGGCGGCACAGAGUGAUGACGUGUCUCGUCAUGGUGCCAGCUGUCAGAGUGCUGACGUCAGUGCAGCUGAGCAUGAGGCCGUGGGAGCAUUGGAACAGUCCACGUCAGCAGUGCAGCGCCAGCCAGCAGCAGACACGUCAGCAACGGUUGGGAACGCAACGUCAUCAUCUCCAGGAGAGGGGGGUUCUCCAGCCGCGAAUCAAUCGCCACCGUUGAUGUGUUUCCUAUCAGUGGUGGAGAUUUACAACGAGAGAGCCGUUGACUUGCUGCAGGGAGUAAAACCCAGCUCAGUGCAAUCGAAGGAGAAUGGGAACAGUCGCAGUGACAGCUCUGACAACAGCCUCUCACGCACAGCAGGGAGGAAGCUUAUAACGGAGCAGCAGCUGCACUCAGUGGAAGAGGCUGCAGUGGCGUUUGAGUUGGCAGGGCACAGGCGCAAGGUGAGGGGCACGAGCAGGAACAAGCAGAGCAGCCGCUCCCACAUGCUCUAUGUCAUCCGGAUCAGAAGAACGCUGCCAGUGAGUGGCACGGAGGGGAGAGCGAUGGUUACCGACCAGAAUGAAGGUCACUACAACGAAGUGCACAAUAAUGAAGGGGUGUAUAGCGAAGGCAUGCUGUACCUGGUGGAUCUGGCAGGCAGCGAGAGCUGCAAGGGAGAAGACGCAGCAACAGCAGCCGCAGCAGGGAGUGGAGCACAAGCAGGAGGAGCAGGAACAGGAGGGAGGGAGCAGCAGCAGGAGGGCCCGUGGUGGGGGGGAGAGAGCCCUGUAGUGCCGCUCAUCACAGGCCUUCCCACAGGACCGCUCGUGCCGCCCCUGGCCCACCGCCAGAAGCAGUACCAGCAGAAGCGGGGACAGGUUCAGAUACAUUCACAGCAGCAGCAGCAUCAGCAGCAGCAGCAGCAGCAGAAGCAGCAGCAGCAGCUGGUGGGGGGGCAGAGGCGGGUGGGGCAGAGGGAGGCGAAGAGGAGGGAGACGGAGAGCAUCAACAAGAGCCUGCUCGCGCUCACCUCCGUCCUCACGCACCUCAGCCAAGCUCGGCCGGGCCUCCCGCCGUACCGCCGGUCUCUGCUGACGCGCCUGCUGCAACCGUGUCUGGGAGGCAGGUCCGGUAGCGGCAACGGUGGCAAUGGGGGAAGCAGGGUUACUGUGCUGUGCUGUUCUGCAUCGACCCUCAGGACGUCCACGUCAGCAAGACCACUCUCAGGUGAGUAUUCAGGUGCCCCACACUUUUGGUAUUCUGCCAUGACACGGCGAAUCCGCAUGGACUAUCGCCCUUCCAUACUCUCACUCUCCGUGCCCAAGCAUGCCCCACCGGUCGUCCACAAGCCACCCAGGCGCCGGCCAGCAAAGGCUCGUUCUUCUGAGGCACAACCCAAGAGUGCCACUCCGGGUGCAGAGAAGAGCGCCUCUCCGGCACAAAGAGAGAAUCGGCAGAAGGGCGUCCGGACAGGUGUGACCGGGGUGGGUGACGUGGAGGAGAGGAGGGUCAAGGCAGAGGAGGGUGCAGGUGGGGAAAGGAAGAGAGUGGGGAUGGAGGAGCAAGGGGGGGAUAUGGGAGUUGAAGAGGAGGUGAGGGUAGUGGUUGAGGAGAGGGAGAGGGAGGAGAAGGUGUUGGAGGUGAGGAGCAGUGAAGGUGAGGGAGAGGAGGGGAAGAGCCAAUCUGUGCAACAGGAGUUGCAGCAGAUCACGGUUUCGCCCCAGGUGCAGCCCCAGGAGGGCAGCACGGAGCAGCAGCAGCAGCAGCAACAACAGCAGCAGCAGCAGCAGCCGCACCAGCAGCAGGAACCGCAGACCUCUCAGCAACGCGGCAUUCUGUCAAAGACACAACAGCAGCACCUGCAAGGCGGUCAGUGGCACGUGCAGCAUGUAAAUAGACCGAGGCACCUGGAUCGCCGAGAGCAGCAGGUGUGGGUGCUGCAGCAACGGGUGCAGCAGCUGCAGCAGCAGAACCAGCAGCUGCAGCGGCAGCGUCUGCAGCUGCUGCUGCUGUGGCGCAGAGGGGGAGCGGGCGGGGGAGGAAGAGGAGGAGGAGGGUGGGGGGAGGAGGGAGGAGGUGCGGCUGAGAUGCUGCUGGCAGCAGGAGGAGCUGUAGAGGCACUGCUUGCAGCAGGCGUGGACGUAUCUUCUGAGUCAGAAAGCAGCUGCGAUGGGGAUUUGCACAGGGAGAGUGCUGCUGUGGGCAAGGUGACGCAGUGGGGGUCGGAAGGAGGGGAGGGGGGAGAUAGAGAAGGGGACGGGUGCAAGGGGAAAGGUGAAGAGAGGAGGAGGAGGAAGGGGUGGGGCUGUGUUGGCAGCCAGGAUUCUCCCGCUGCAGGUGCUGUAAGGGAUGUACCACUGGAGCGUGCACUCCAAGACAAGGCUUCAGGAAAUGUGCUUCAAACGAAUGGAAUUGAAGGGAACGUGCUUCAGGAAUGUGGGUUGAAUGUGGAAGCUGUUGGGGUGGUGUGUGAGGAAGAGUUAGCAGGGGAAGCAGUGCUUGAGUGGUACAAUGGCUACGGUGACUAUAGCGAUAAGGAGAAUGCGUAUAGCGAGUAUGGUGUGACAGCACAGGCACAUGCGCAUCUGGAGCAGAUGGGGCUGGGACUAAGUACCGCUGCCACUGGAGCUGCUGCUGCUGCUGCUUUUGACUUAUCUCGUUCUCCUGACAGUGGCAGCGGCAACGUGUCUCCCAAUCCCUCCUCGCCCAGCCCUUCCUCACCCAGUCCCUCCUCUCCCAACAGAGGGGACGGGGAGGAGGAGGAGGAGGUAGAGGUGGAGGAAGACAGUGUGUUUGUUGACGUGGGAAUCUGCCUGAAGCAAGUGGAGAAAGGGAAGGGAUGGAGGGAAAUGGACAUGGAAGGACAUCGAGCUCUGGAAGGAGAGGAUCGUGCAGUGGAAUUUUUUAACGGGGGUGUCGGAGGCAGGAAGAAGUUGAAGGAGAGGUCUGUGUUGCUGCAGCGCUGGUUGGCAAUGGCAUGUGUGUGCUUUAGCAGCCAGAAUGAUGUUGGUGUGGUGUAG